GGGAAAUUUCUCGUAUUUGGCGUCAACAUUCAGUGAUCAGGUAAGUCAAGAUGAUAUUUUUGGCUACCACGAAUGUUAUUUUAAGUAUCUAUAUAGUGUGCUCUGUUAUGAUUUCUGCGUAAUGAGUAAUCAAUGAUAUAUUAUGGUGCCUUCAUUUAAGUUGUAAUGAAUAACAUUAAGGUGGAAAUACAUUAUUACACGCCACAUGACGCGAAUCAAAUUGCAGUUUUUUGCUAUUCACAUGUACAUCCGACGCGUCACCUUGCUCCGUACAAUCGCGUGUGCACGUUUAAUACAUGGCGGUCAUGGGCGUCAUGGCGUCGCGUGUUAAUAAUGUGUUUUCGACUAUAUUAACGGGUUUUUUCGGUUUUAGUGUGUGAUACAUGACAAUAACCUCUAACAAUACAAUAGUGUGGGUCUACACAGCGAGGCACGUCCCUUAUUUUCUGUGUAGCGGCAUGUAUAGCGUCGUUGAGUUUGCUGAAGAAUGGCUGACACCCGGGAAGCAGCGAUGUCUGUGGCCGCCCCAAAAAUUGAUGACCAAGUUUGCAGCCAAGUAAGUUCAGCAGGGUGAAAAAUCAAAUAAACAUACCUACUGUUUAUAGUGAUGAUGAUUAUGAGGCUUAUACUGGUGAAAAAAAUAGGACUUAUCGGAAGCAAGUAACUUCUUCGGUGCAAUCUACACCUGUUAGCUCAAAAUCCCAAAAGCAACACUCUAGGCCGGUAUAUACAGAACUGAACAAAAGUGAUGAUGAUACAGAUCUGAGCAAACGUGAAGAUUUCAAGGAAAGCUCUGCAAAGACUACAGACAGUGAAAUGUCACAGCUUCUGCAAAGUCCAAGUGGCCUGGAUAACCUAGACUUUACAAUAACACCAUUUUUUAUAAAUGAGAAGCCAAAUUCACAAGCCUUAGAUGUCAUAGCUAAGCACUUAGCUCGAAUUGAAGCUGACUUGAAAGAGAUGCAAAUCGCACAGAAUGAAAUAUUAAAUAGGGUGCGAUCAUCUUCUGUCUCGAUGGAACAUUCACUGCCAGGGGAAAGAACAUUGCCAUGUGAGGACAGCAAGGAUUUGAUUGAUACUGAAAAGUGGAUAAAUGCAGCUCCCGAGAACAGAAAACUUUUGACGCAGUGCGGUUGAACCAGGUUGCAACCAACGCUACUGAUGCUGUGAUACAAGAAAUAAUUCAGAUGAAUAUGGCUACAUAGUUCUUCCAAUAUAUACACCUUCUUGUUGACACUUCUCACAAGCGCGCAAGGAAUUGUGGGAUUUGAUACAUUUUAUAAAUGCCCUAGCUGGUGCAUCUGCUAUUAUACAACUUACUUGAAAUUCAAACUUUACUCCAUUAACAUAUAAACCAUUCUGCUCUAACCGUAAACAUUCUUCUACAAAGGGACGCAGAAAUACAGCAGCAUUGUUGGGCUUUGAUUCCCCGUAAUAAAGUGCUACAAUAAAUAGCUGCUUGUCGGGAGAUUGAUCUAAACCACCUCUGUGUUACUGAUAAAAUGAAUAUUCUCUUUGUGUCAUUUUUCGUUGCAUGAACGGUUUUUAGAUGUUGUGCCUUUAGAAGCUCUUUCUACUAGAUAUAUUUCAAGGCCAAAGUAUACAUAUCUAUGAACCACCAGCACAAUCUGUAACGUUUACAUUACGCGGCGUUUCUAAUAACGUUCGUGCAUCCCUCGGUGAAGAAGAAUGACAAGGUUGCAACUUUUUUAGCAAAUCGUUUAGAGCAGAGUGACCUAAAUUAUGUUUCUUAGACCACAAUACAAGAAAAGAAUUAAUAUUAUCAUCUGAAUCAGAUGGAACAUCAAUAUCUCUUAAGGGUUCUUUGGUAUAGUAAUCAAUUGGAAUAUUUGAAUUAAAAGCUACGUCAAUUGUACCGUAAUGAUCUGCACUUAAGAGUGAUUCAUGUUCAGUAUUGGAAAGAGAAGUGAGUAAACGUAACUCUUGUUUGAUUUGUAUUGUCUUACGAGCUAGACUUCGUUUUUUUUUAUUUUUUUUGUAACAGCGGGUUUGCUACUGCUUGGCUCUUCGGGCUUCCCGUCCUCCAUUGCGGUCCUUAGUGAAUCUGAACCAAUUUCAUAUUAUCUCUUAGAACCGAAAUUGGAUUUGUUAAUCAGGAAUAUGAAGACCAUCAGAUUUUAAAAAGUAUA